UUCUUAAUGAUGACGGAUCAACUGAUGGCCGACGCGGGAGAGGCUUCCGCGUACAUAGCAAAUCCCGAUGGAACGUACUCUGCGGUGCCUCUGGCUACAACAGAAGACGGUCAAGUCGUACUUGCCUUGAAUGAAAUGGGUAUUGGUAAUGAAGGUGAAGACAUGGUUGUAAUCGCAGCUGACGAUAACCUGGACAUGGCUACUCUUGAAAACUUGAUUGCUUCAGGUGCAGUAACCACUGUAACGGCAGAAAACGGUACAGAGUACCUUCAGCUGUUGGAUCCCAAUUCCAAGGCUUACUUUGGUGCCUCUGCAGUGGCUCCGGGUGCUGGAUUUGUUACACUUGCUGGACAGCCGAGCGGUGUGACAUAUCGUUGCCCGUCCUGUCCGGCCAUGUACGCAAAUGCUAAUGCAUUCACCAAACAUAUGCGAGAAAAGCACUUCGUCAAAGUUUAUACGUGUCGUCAGUGCGAGGAGUUUUUUGAAACACUCAGCCAGUUGUUUCUACAUGCCAGGCGCAGCCACGUUGACCCGAAAAAGCCCAAGCGCAAUCCUGCUAAUUACAAAUUUCACUGUGACCAGUGUAACUAUAUGACUAACAAUGGUGGUACCAUGGAACACCAUAAACGUGCGCACACGGGUGAGAAGCCGUUCUUGGCUUUAGAAUGUCUUGGUUGCGCUGUUACUUUUGAUAGCAUCUACAACUUGAACAAACAUACACGCAGCUGUCGCAUUGUGCGUACUUUACAGACCAAAUUUCGCUGUUUACCGUGCAACGCGUAUGUGAGUGAUGUCGCCUCGUUGAAGGCCCACGUUAAGGCACAUGAAGGUAGCCAGAUAAUUUCCUGUCCCGUUUGCGGCGAGCGUGGCUUUCCUGGUUUCAAUCAGUUAAACCAUCACAUUACGAGGGCACAUGCCUUGAAAGUUAACCGUCGACAUGUUUGCCGCUAUUGCGAAUCCACUUUUGAGGUCAAAAAGGAUCUCGAUGCGCACAUUAGAAGCAUGCAUGCCGAAGAGCGAAACGCACGACAGUCUCGUGGUGCGGUCGGGCGUCUGAAAUGUCGUUAUGGUCAUUGUGAAUUCACCACAAAUUCAAUCAUGCUCCUUGAUCGUCAUCAUGACCAACAUCGUCGCCAAGAAGAAGAUGGAGUAGACACCGGUCUCCAGCUACCACCCGCUAAACAUGCUUAUCCCAAACGUCGUCGUUCGAAACAAGGUAGACGCAUCCAGAAUGCUGAUGUAUAUGAUGACGAUGAAGAAGCUAUGCACGGGGUGGCAGACGACGAUGCUGCGGAUGAUGACGGCUACGGUGACCCGUUGGAAGAUGGCAGUGAGUCAUAUUUAACUUUAUUGCACAGUGCAAAUUACGGUAAAAGAGGGAUCCUCCUAGACAAAAAGUAUACUAUAAAAGGGAGCAUUCACAUAAGAUUCAGUUUAUCGAUUCUGCUUUUAAAGAGCGUAAGGUUGUAA